UUGACGAGGUGAGACGCAGGUAAACUUGGCGUCGGCGGUUGCACCACGUGCCGUUGUCACCGUGCGCCUCCACAUAAUCGCUAAGUACCGCAGUGCGGAAGUAUUUUGGCCUAACACUAUGUUACCAGGACCUUGUAAUAGUGAGGAAAGGCCUAAAGCCACCGGGCAGUAUGUGUUUGGUUCGAUGUUGGUCAAUGGAAAAUCUGCGACACCAUAUUCGGAUGCCACGCAGACGAAGAAGCACCCUCCCAACCACGUGAAGCGCCCUAUGAACGCCUUCAUGGUGUGGUCGCAACUUGAACGACGGAAGAUAGUCUCUCAGACGCCCGAUAUGCACAAUGCCGAGAUAUCAAAACAGCUUGGACGUCGAUGGAAACUUUUAACUGAAGAACAAAGACGACCUUUUCGUGAUGAAGCCCAAAGACUAAAGGUUCUUCAUCGCUUAGAGUAUCCUGAUUACAAGUAUCGACCCAAGAAGAAGAACAAUAAAAACUGCCCACCUCCAUUGCUUUUAGGUAGUAGUAAUAUUCUGCGUGGAGUUGCACCUGGUUCAAGUGGACGAGUGUCUAAAAAUCGACCUCAGAUUACCAAUUACUCCCCUGCUCAUGCUGCAACUGUGAGCAAAGUAAGGGAAUGCCUUCUUGCUGCAAACCUUAAAAACCUGGGAAUUGGAAGGAGUUCUGUAAACUCAGUAACAUCUCUAAAGGACAAAAUUCUUCCAGAUUCCCUAAACACCAAUGUACCAACUAGCCCUCCCCAUGAAUUUCCAGAUUCACCAGAGAGUGCAAUAAUAUAUGAUGACAGAUCAGCUCAGCAAAUCAAUUGCUUUACUCAUAAUGGAAAUCAAAAUAACCUAGAUUGGUCAAGUGACUUGCUCAUGUCAUGCCCUUCUGACCUUCCCCCUAUGGAUGCUCAAACCAUUGAUCAGCUUCCAGAGAACCCUCCAACACUUGCCGAUUUAGAAAAUAUUGGUGUGAAGGAUUUAGUGCCGCUUUCCCCAGGCUUAUCAUUAAACCUUCAAGAUUUUCAAGCACUGGAUUCUGAUAUAGAAUUGUGGUCUAAUAAUAAUUGUGAACAAAGGGACUUAGCGACACCUCCUACGCCAUUGCUUUUAGGAUCUCAGGAGACACAAGAUCCUUGGUCACAGCACGUGUGGGAUGAUGAUAUGGAAUCUCUCGUAGAAUGUCUUGAGGUCACCUACCAGCGACUGCAAAGUGAGGGCAGGUCUCAAGUCACUCAGGCUCCAGCACAGUGUCCUUUAGCCUCAGCAUGGUUAAGGCCUGCACUUGAAGUCUCCUACUCCAUAGGUGACCCUUCAAGAUGAACAUUUGAUUUGUUUACUUAUGCAUAACACUUAGUGUUAAUCUACUUGCUGGUGAGCUGGACUCGCCUAACUUAGUUCCCUUAUCACGGUACCUUGACUGAUAGCAUUGUGGGUCAUCUCUAGACUGGAUGAUUUAAUUCGCAUCAGUACCUCGGGAGCUAAAUCUCCUCAGCAUUAUGACGUCCUGAUCUCAAACUUUGGCCAAUCCUUUGCCCUGUUCUGCAAAAUGUUUUAUAUCAGAUUACAAGAAAUGUCAUUGUAUCCUUCUGAACAAGAAGAAAGAAGCAUUUCUUCCAUGUGAUUGUCCAGAAGCAACGACGCCUCUCACAGCUAUUGCUAUUCUCUCAGACAUUAAGAUAUUUGGCCUUAAAUUUCCAAUUUCGAUUCCUGUUUAUACAUCUCUUUCUGAUAAGCCCUACCCAUUAACGACUUACCAUUAGAAAGUUAGCUUUCAUAUAGCUUUGUAUUGCAUUUCAUUAUUUUAUCCUUGCAUAUAGAAUUCUUCUGGUUUGAUAUUCAGCCCCUAUUCAGACCCCCCAAAAAACUAUUGCAAAAAAACGAAUUUUUCGAAAUCCUUUGAUAGCCUGAAACAGAGUAUAGUUACUUUAAAUUUACUCCCACCAAAUUUUUAAAGCAUAAAAUAUACUACUCCUCACUCUCUGAACAAGGAACGAAUUGAUCUCAUUCCUUUCAUCGCUUUCUUCUCAAACAAACGACACGAGCAAUUUCCCUGCUCUUCUGUCCUACCUUUCAUCAGAGUUGGCCAUAAGUUCUGCACUGCUGUGAUAUAAGGUGAAAUUCUAGUCUUUCCAUGCAGUCCACGUGCUACUGGAUAGCACUGCUGACCUGCUUGCCUUGAAGAGUUAGUUGAAGUCAACGAUUUACAGUUUUGUAUGUUAUUUUCGACAUGAUUUUGUUACUAUUGAGCUCAUUGUAAAUAGAUUUACGGUUUGAAAUAUUUCAUAUGAGUCCUAAGAUAUGUGUGUAAUAUGAAGGGAGAACUGUUCAAGAGUUUUAUGCAUGCAGGGGAGAUUCAACAUUGUUAUCCACGGGAUUAGAUUAUGUAAACGGUGUGAGUUACAUACUCGAGUCUAAAUCCUCAUGUUCUAUUAGACUCACCUGUUUGCUGGUCCUUUAUUCUGAGGAUUUCUUUCGUUAAGGAAAAUACAGGUAAACUGCAGAAUCAUAAGAUCACUUUCAUUCUAACGAAUAAGUUUGAAUACAUACAUGUCUAGUGUAAAUUUACAUGGCAACAAUAAGUAUUAUUAAAGUUCUAGAUUCAAUUAAAAUUCAUAUUUACACUGAAAAGCAAAAUUACUAUUUUUUUUUAUUUUCUGUAGAUAUUCGGAUGUUAGACUACUUGUUCAUGUUAUCUAGUAAAUGAUUUGGAUGACAUUUUAGAUUAUUUGAAUUUUGUAAAUUUAGAAAAUCUAUAAGGGCAAAAAAAUUCAGGUAGUGUUCAUUAAGGAAGAUUAACCCCCUGGCAGAAUUUCUUUUCCACGUGAAAGGUGAUGGCCGUUCGAAGUGAAAGCAAAUGGUCAGUCAGCGGCUGAAGUUUGUAAAGAAUAAAUUUAUUGCUGCAAAUUUUUUUAAGUUCAUUUCAGUAUACGGAAGCCACUUAGACUGACAAUAAUAAUGAAGCCCUACUUUGCAGACUGCAGAUUUUUUGUAUAAAUACCAACAUUUAACAUCAAUAAGAGAUACGUGAAAUGAAAUGUAUGGUGAUCUUCUCUAUGCUAACCAUUAUUUACAAAAAGAAAACUUUGUUCUUGUUUUGAAGAUUUUUUAGAGAUGGUUCGGAAAUGAAGUCGAAGCAAUGCUAAUGUCAAUUUCAACACAAGUAAAUGUGAAUAUUACCGGUUAUAU